UUGUGGCGGUCCUCUCCCAACUCGGAAGCUGCGGCUGCCUCCAGACGCUCUCAAGAUGGCGACCUCUCUAGGUUCCAACACCUACAACAGGCAGAAUUGGGAGGAUGCGGACUUCCCUAUUCUGUGCCAGACGUGUCUUGGAGAAAACCCAUAUAUCCGAAUGACCAAAGAAAAGUAUGGGAAAGAAUGCAAAAUCUGUGCCAGGCCAUUCACAGUGUUUCGCUGGUGCCCUGGGGUCCGCAUGCGUUUCAAGAAGACUGAAGUGUGCCAGACCUGCAGUAAAUUGAAGAAUGUCUGUCAGACCUGCCUCUUAGACCUAGAAUAUGGUUUGCCCAUCCAGGUUCGUGAUGCAGGAUUGUCUUUUAAGGAUGACAUGCCAAAGUCCGACGUCAACAAAGAGUACUACACACAGAAUAUGGAGAGAGAGAUUUCCAACUCUGAUGGAACGCGGCCAGUUGGCAUGUUGGGGAAAGCCACAUCCACCAGUGACAUGCUGCUCAAACUGGCCCGGACCACACCCUACUACAAAAGGAAUCGACCGCACAUUUGCUCCUUCUGGGUGAAAGGAGAAUGUAAGAGAGGAGAGGAGUGUCCAUACAGACAUGAAAAACCAACAGAUCCGGAUGACCCCCUUGCUGAUCAGAACAUUAAAGACCGAUAUUAUGGAAUCAAUGACCCUGUGGCAGAUAAACUCUUGAAGCGGGCUUCAACAAUGCCACGUCUAGACCCACCAGAGGACAAGACUAUCACCACACUGUAUGUUGGUGGUCUGGGGGAUACCAUUACUGAGACCGAUCUAAGGAAUCACUUCUACCAGUUUGGAGAGAUCCGGACCAUCACUGUUGUGCAAAGACAGCAGUGUGCUUUCAUCCAGUUUGCUACAAGACAGGCUGCAGAAGUGGCUGCCGAGAAGUCUUUUAAUAAGUUGAUUGUCAAUGGCCGCAGGCUCAACGUGAAAUGGGGAAGGUCCCAGGCAGCCAGAGGGAAAGAAAAGGAGAAGGACGGAACCACAGACUCCGGAAUCAAGCUCGAGCCCGUUCCAGGGCUCCCGGGAGCUCUUCCUCCUCCUCCUGCCGCAGAAGAAGAAGCCUCCGCCAACUACUUCAACCUGCCCCCGAGUGGUCCUCCGGCCGUGGUGAACAUUGCCCUGCCACCCCCACCUGGUAUUGCCCCGCCCCCACCCCCAGGUUUUGGGCCACACAUGUUCCACCCCAUGGGACCACCCCCUCCUUUCAUGAGGGCUCCAGGACCAAUCCACUAUCCUUCUCAGGACCCUCAGAGGAUGGGAGCACAUGCUGGGAAACACAGCAGCCCCUAGCACUCAUCACCACUCUGGGGCUCUACAGAAGAGAGGGCGCUUAAAAAUCCUAGUAAAUGAAUCCCGGAAUAAAUAUAUUUUUCCUUCCUUUGUAGUUCCCAUGGUAGUGGAAUGUAUUCAGAUGUGGGCAGUUGGAGAACAACAGCCAUGAUUUCCUCUAUGUGUUCUCAAAGGAUUGAUGGACCUGAAAUAGGCUGCCAUUAACACAUCUGGUUACUGCUAUAACAUUACUAAUAAAACUUAAUGCCUCUUCCCCUCAUCUGUGUGGGGAACAAGCAACUGGGUGAAUUGGAAUGUCCAGCAGAGUUACCAUCCCAACCAUAUGUUCAUUUUGUAUCUUCUUUUGGCGGGUGGGGGGUGGGAAGUGACCUGCAGUAAGAAAAACAAGCAAACAAUUUUUGACCAUUUUUAUGUCCAUUGGAUAUUUUCCUUUUUAUCAUCUAAAAAAGAUUACUAGUACUAAUCAUUGUAGUGGCAAGAGUGUGAUUUAAUGCUUCUAAAGUCACACUCUUGAAAGACAAGUAGAAACAGCACCCAGCACAACCCAGAUUUUAUCUCUCCUGAUUUAUUACUAAAGGAAUCUGGCUGAUAGUUUUAUUUCUUCAUGCUACCAAAAAGACAAAAAUUACUUUUCAUUCCUGUCAGUCAGAUGGAGACACAGAUUUCAUGGAGCUGUGUAUCAUUGAAGAAACCUGGUAUUUGAGAUGAAAUUAUUUUAAAGAACUUCUGUAAAACACUUCAACAAACUGUGAAAGGAAAAGAAUUAAGAGUGUGUUUAAAUGGAAGACUUGUGGCCUACGGCUGGAAUGUCGAUCUUCAGCAUUCACCUUUGUGUGACUUCAGCGUCUCAUUUUAAUUCCCUGCUCUGGGCCGGGGAUUCUGUUUGGUCUUAGAAUAUUUGGAAAUAAUUGAAUUGUAGAUGGCAAAAAAAGAAAAAUUGAUGUUGUGUUGUAUUUUUGUUUUAAAAAAUUAAAACAGGUCAAUUUUCCAAAUGUUGUCAUAGGUUUAUUUCUGUUUUCUUUAUCCUUGGUAGCUGAAGUUGAGGUCAGUGGGAGUUAGAAACAAGUUAUAUAUAAAGAUAUGUUUUUGCUUUAGAUAUGUUUUUGUUUUGAUUCUGAUCUUUAUCUAGUCUAAAAGACCCAGGCCCUUUUAGUACUUAUGUCAAAGAUUACUUGUGGGGUUGAAAUAAGAUAAAACACAGAGGGCACUCAACACAGCCUGCCAUGUGGUUGUGGAUACAUGCUAGCUUUAAAAUGUCAUCUUAGUAUUAUGUAAGUCGUUUUAAAAGGAAUCAGGAAAAAUUGAUCUACAAGCCCAUUUUUCUGGAAGCCAGUUCCCAUGUCACUUUUAUCUCAAAAGUAUCUCCUUAUAGAAUGAAUAUACCUCUUUUUACCCCGUUUUAGCUCAAGAGUUUUUGUUG